UCAUAGUUUCUUUUUCUUUCUUUUUUGCACGGAUGCAUAGAGUGCUGGCAACUACUCUAGGCAUAAAAGGAUGAGUUCUCGCCAUGUGUUCCAGUCAUCCUCCAGCUGUUAUCACCAGGGAUUUCUCAACCGCAGACAGGGAGAUUUCCCUUCCGACAAGCCCAACAAGAGGCCGUGGCAAUGCCUUGCCCUGAGCAGCUGCACUGAAAGCCACUCGCCCCCUAAAGGCCGAAAGUCUUGGUCGACGACGGCGAGCACCAGAUGCCUGUUAUAUUGUUGUCUCUGGUGAGCCGGGCCGCGAUACCUGGCCGGACCGCCGGAGUAGUACGUAUUCAUGAGCUCCCUCAGGACCAUGUCCCCUUCUCGGAGCCCACACGGAGUAAAGAAGAGAGAGCUGUGGCGCACGUACUGCUACUGCCACCGCUACUGCUGCACCAAACACAUUAUUACCCGGGUGCUUAUGGAAAACAGCAGAGGAGACGACGACGGGUCAGAUGUUAAAUACUGUCCAUGGAAGCAGAUUAGGAGGACGACACGGUGUAGACGUGGAUUGGAUUUGGACCAGUGGUUGCAGGUCCAUGCAAAGCACCUGCAGUUGGUUGACAGUUGCUCACUUUCAUUUCAUUUCAAGUUUUCAACCCCAGGCAGAGCGCGGAUAGAAAAGUAGAAACUGCCCGCCAAUGGACAUGGACUCGUUUAUCGUUCUCCUCUUCCUCUCUCUUGCGAGAGCGGAGGCGGCGAGCCUCGGCGUUGGUAGAGAAGGUAGGGCUGGGGGAGCGGUUCUUCUUCCGCUCAGGCUGCAGCAGGUGGCGGCCCCGCCGCGAGCGCCGGCGAACCGGCUGCGGUUCCGCCACAAUGUGAGCCUGACGGUGUCGGUGGCUGUCGGCACGCCGCCGCAGAACGUCACGAUGGUGCUCGACACGGGCAGCGAGCUCUCCUGGCUGCUCUGCAACGGGAGCUCCGUGUCGCCGCCUGCGCCGUUCAAUUCGUCAGCUUCUUUGACGUACGGCGCGGUCGCCUGCUCGUCGCCGGCGUGCGUGUGGCGCGGACGUGACCUGCCCGUCCGCCCGUUCUGUGACGCGCCGCCGUCCACCGCCUGCCGCGUCUCCAUCUCCUACGCAGACGCCUCCUCGGCCGACGGCCUCCUGGUUGCCGACACUUUCGUCCUCGGAGCCCAGGCCGUGCCCGUCCUGUUCGGCUGCAUCACCUCCUAUUCCUCCAGCACGGCCACCAACAACAAUGCCACGGACCCGUCGGAGGCGGCGACCGGCCUCCUCGGCAUGAACCGUGGCAGCCUGUCCUUCGUGACGCAGACGGCGACCCUCCGCUUCGCCUACUGUAUCGCCCCCGGCGAAGAACCCGGCAUCCUCCUCCUCGGCGGCGACGGCGGCUCGGCCCCGCCACUUAACUACACGCCGCUGAUAGAGAUCUCCCAGCCGCUGCCGUACUUCGACAGGGUGGCCUACUCCGUGCAGCUGGAGGGCAUCCGCGUGGGGCGCGCCCUUCUCGCCAUCCCCAAGUCCGUGCUCACGCCGGACCACACGGGCGCCGGGCAGACAAUGGUGGACUCCGGCACGCAGUUCACCUUCCUCCUGGCCGACGCCUACGCGGCGCUCAAGGGCGAAUUCCUGAACCAGACGCGGUCGCUGCUCGCCCCGCUCGGCGAGCCGGGCUUCGUGUUCCAGAGCGCGUUCGACGCGUGCUUCCGCGGGCCGGAGGAGCGAGUGUCGGCGGCAAGCCGGCUUCUCCCCGAGGUGGGCCUGGUACUCCGCGGCGCGGAGGUGGCCGUGGCCGGGGAGAAGCUCCUGUACAGUGUACCCGGCGAGCGGCGCGGGGAGGAGGGGGAGGAGGCUGUGUGGUGCCUGACGUUCGGGAACUCGGACAUGGCGGGCAUGUCGGCGUACGUGAUCGGGCACCACCACCAGCAGGACGUGUGGGUGGAGUACGACCUUCAGAACGGCCGGGUCGGCUUCGCGCCGGCGCGCUGUGAGCUCGCCACCAAGCGCCUCGGCGCCCAAGUGUAGUUCUUGUCUAGUGGCAUUGCGUCAGUCAAUGUGUAGUCGUCGUGUAAAAGUACAGCGAAAUACUAGCGGCAGCGGCAGUGGCAGGGCACGUAUCGUUAGCAGAGGGCGAGUAUUAGAGACGGUCACUCUCCGAUCACCUGCUGCUGCCAGUGGUGAACUACUGGUUAUUUACGAACUUCAUUGUUGUAUUGUUAUGCGAAUACAUAUACGAGCUGUUGAACAUGCGUA